UUCUUUUACAAAAUUCCGGUUCUGAAAUUUACUUUACCCGCUGUAGUGGAGAUCCUCUGUCAUCCCCAAACUCUGAGCAUUAGCUACAUACAGUUUCUCAUCAAAAUCAAACCGCUAAGGCCCUAAAACCCUAAAACCUUACACCACUAAAAAAUGUAUUCCUGCAUUCCUCAGCACCUUUUCCUGCACUUUCACUUCGCAUCUUCCCCAAACACCAUGGCGUUUAAUUCCUCCGCACGCGAUAUAAGGAUUCGUGCUGCUUCAACAAAUGCGAAUUACAUACCGGCCGCUCCAAUUUUUCUCCCCGAAGGACCUUGGAACCAGAUCCCUGGUGGAGUCACUGCUGCGGAGGGGUUCAAAGCUGCGGGAAUAUACGGAGGUUUGCGUGCCAAAGGAGAGAAGCCCGAUCUUGCGCUUGUCACGUGCGAUGUUGAUGCUGUGUCUGCAGGAUCUUUUACUACAAACGUGGUUGCGGCUGCUCCCGUGUUGUACUGCCAAAGGACGUUAGAUAUUUCCAAUACUGCUCGUGCCGUGUUGACUAAUGCAGGUCAAGCAAAUGCAGCUACGGGCAAAGAAGGUUACCAGGAUGUGGUACAAUGCGUGGAAAGCCUUGCUAAGCUGCUGGAAAUAAAGCCAGAGGAAGUAUUGGUUGAGUCGACUGGUGUAAUUGGUCAACGAAUAAAGAAGGGAGCACUUUUAAACUCACUUCCCACACUAGUGAAUUCACUGUCAUCUUCAGUUGAGGGGGCAGAUUCUGCAGCUGUUGCAAUCACCACGACAGAUCUUGUUAGCAAGAGUGUGGCAAUUGAGUCUCUGGUUGGAGGAACUAAGAUCAGAGUUGGCGGAAUGGCAAAAGGUUCUGGAAUGAUCCACCCAAAUAUGGCUACCAUGCUUGGGGUAAUAACAACUGAUGCUCGGGUAAGCAAUGCUGUUUGGAGAAAGAUGGUGCAGGUUGCUGUAAGCCGAAGUUUCAACCAAAUAACUGUAGAUGGAGAUACUAGUACUAAUGAUACUGUCAUUGCUUUGGCUAGUGGGUUGUCUGGGCUAGGUUGCAUAUCUUCUCUGGACAGUGAUGAAGCUAUUCAACUUCAGGCAUGCCUAGAUGCGGUAAUGCAAGGUCUUGCCAAAUCAAUAGCUUGGGAUGGAGAGGGAGCAACAUGCCUCGUUGAGGUCAGUGUGACUGGAGCAAACAGUGAAGCUGAAGCUGCAAAAGUUGCACGUUCAGUUGCAUCAUCUUCACUUGUAAAGGCUGCUAUAUAUGGUAGAGAUCCCAAUUGGGGUCGCAUUGCUGCUGCAGCUGGUUACUCUGGGGUUUCAUUCCAUCAAGAUUUACUUAGGGUGGAGCUGGGGGAUAUUUUAUUAAUGGAGGGUGGGGAACCACAAUUAUUUGACCGGCACGCGGCAAGUAGUUAUCUCCGAAAAGCAGGGGAGACUCACGACACAGUGAGAAUUCAGAUAUCAGUCGGUAAUGGACCAGGACGUGGACAAGCUUGGGGCUGUGAUUUAAGCUAUGAUUACGUUAAAAUAAAUGCUGAGUACACAACAUAACCAAAUGAAAAUCCGAACACUAACAUUUACUGAUGGGGAGUGGAUUAUAAUGUAGUUAGAUAUUAUUUAAGAAUUUUUUUUAAUAUUGAUUUCAUUUUGGGAUAUUAUUUUGAAUAUACGAUAUUGGCUUGGAUGACCUUUUA